AUGGAGCGACUGUUGAACAAAGUCAAGGCCGCUGUGAGUCGCUCUGCCCUUCUCCUCCUCUCUCCUCCCACCUCUCUCCUCCCACCUCUCUCCUCCCACCUCUCUCCUCCCACCUCUCUCCUCCCACCUCUCUCCUCCCACCUCUCUCCUCCUGUCCCCUCCCUCCUCUCUCUUCUCUCCUCUCUCCUCCUCUCCCCCUCCUCUAUUGUUACCCAUUUCUCUCCCACCCCUUCUCCGCAAUGCGGCUACAACACGGAGGCAGUGGCUCACUACAAUGGCAAGAUGCAAGCGCUGCUAAAGAAACACAACACCACGCCCUUUGCUCCUCUCCUCGGGAUCUUCCUGCAAGCGCCCAUCUUCAUCGGUUUCUAUUUCGCUAUCACAGGAAUGGCGGAGCACAUGCCAUCGUUCGCAACAGGGGGAGCUUUCUGGUUCACCGACCUCAGUACACCUGAUCCCACCUAUCUGCUGCCUCUCAUGUCCUCUGCUGGCAUCCUGGCUGCUGUGGAGCUGAACGCAGCAGAGGGCAUGGAGGGAGCACCCAAUGCAGCGCAGAUGAAGUGGUUCAUGCGAGGGCUUGCUGUGACCAUGGUGCCGCUCACUGUCACGUUCCCUAAGGCUGUGUUCUGCUACUGGAUCACCACCAACGUCUUCUCUCUUGUCCAGGGCCUAGCAAAGGAUGGCAUUGCUAAGAGCAUCCGGCUUGCAACUGCGGCUAAACGUCAGCCCAUCGAUACAAUGCUCACGCAGACGGCCCUCGCCUUUCUGAAGAAGCAGUUGUCGCAGACGGCUAUAGGAGUGGGGGCUGCAGGCACGCUCUACUGCUUCCUCGGAAUCUCCAUUCAGACUGCCAUCAGCUAUGGCAUCGGAAGCGCUGCCAGCUGCCUCUACCUGCUGCUUCUUUUCAACGACACUGACACCAUUGCCCCCGAGGACCUGCCUCCCGCCUUCCUCAUCGACCGGAACAAGCCCAAGAGGAAGGGCCUGGUUGACAGCCUAGCAACGGUCGACUCGCCCCAGAAGCUCCUGCAGGGCGCUCAGCUCGCCCUCUCCUCGCGCCGUCUGGCCGUGCCUGCUGCCCUCGUGCUGCUCUGGGCCUUCUCCGUGCAAUUCAGCGGCAGCGACCCCAACAGCUUGCACAUCGAG